GAUGAAGAUUCCUCUCUCUGUCCUCUUACUGACUGCUCUUGGUGAGCUAGUCUCAGCCCUCAUUAGGGAACACUUUUAUGUGAAUAGUGUGUUGACCUGGUUUCAAGCUCAGACAUACUGCAGGACGUAUUACACUGACUUGUCCACCUUCAGCUGUGAAGAAGAGUAUUUAAGGUUCUUAAACACAAAAGGAUAUCAACGCAAUGGCUGGAUCGGCUUGUACAAGGAACCAAGUGCAGUGCUAUACGACCAGUGGUCAGAUGGGAACCCAAUAACAUAUACACUUCUACUGCAGAAUCCUACAGCUAAUUAUGCCCAGUGUGUGUAUGUGAGCGUGGAAGCAAGGUCUUGGGAAGCUGUGGAUUGCUUCCCCUCUGUUGGUCCAUUUUUCUGCUACCAAGUGUCAGAUCUGAUCUUGGUGACAGAGAAUAAAAGCUGGGAGAAGGCUUUAGACUAUUGCAGGGAAAACUACAUUGAUCUGGCGAGUCUGUCCUCACAGACUGAUUUACUCGCAGCCAGUAAGACCGUAAACGGCAUCACAGUUAAUGUCUGGACAAGCCUGAGGUUCCUGGCCGGUGUUUGGUUCUGGAUAAACGGAGAGACUUUGGACAGUCAGCUCGUGAUGUCUUUGCCUUCAUGUCCCAUCCCUCCUGAUCACUGCGGGGCUCGAAACUUUGUCACUAAUCGUUGGGAGUUAAGAGAUUGUGAUGAGAAACUCUAUUUCUUCUGCUACACUGAGAAAGAGGCCAGUGGCGUCUCAAAUACCAAACCAGUUGGUAAUGGUAAUGGCUAACACAGAAGACAAAUGUCAUCAUCAACUCCCCAAAAGAUUGUCCAGAUUAUACUCUUGUUAGAUAUUAACAUCAUUAUUAGGAAAGUAAUUAAUUUAUUUUAAACUAAAUUUGAUAUAGCUUUUUGUUCUCAACAGAUUUCACAGAAUUGUUCUUUUCUCCUGGUCUCUAGUGAAUCUAUUUAUUGUCAUCCAACAGUUGGUGAUAUGUUCAUUAUGCUGUUAUAAUUUAUUCUGUAAAAAUGCUCAUUCUGUAAAUUAUUUUGUAAAUUUUAGAAGUAUGGGGGAGAAAACACAUUUAGAAUACAUCACAAUAGGCUAAGUUAAUAUUCAUUGUAAGUUACAUGAGAUUUAAGUAAUUUAUCUGCUCUUGAAACAUGAUAUAUAUAUAUAUAUAUAUAUAUAUAUAUAUAUAUCCCAGGACAACACUGAGGAAAGCUAAUGUUUUCAUGCUUAUUUUUUGUUUAAUACCACCCGUU